AUGAGACCCAACGAGCAUCCUACUACGCGUGAAUACGCCCCCAAUCACCGAUCUACAUCACCUGUUUCCAUACCACCACCGCAAGACAUACCUCAGAAUGAGCUCGAGACCCGAAAGUUCUCACUGGCAAGAGUACGUCCCUCCAGACCCCAGCCCACCCACGAGGCCCUUAAACACUUCGUCAAAGUCUACGAAACCAAGAUUCACCUUCAACCCCUGCCGCUGUUCAGGCUAGAGAAGCUGGAGGAACAACUACUUAACGGUCCUCAUUUCCUACUUUGGAGCUUUAUGGCUCUCGGUCUCAUGUUAUCCACCCAUCCUUUCUACGAUGGCCAAAGAACACUUGCAAGAGACUUCUACGCUCGAAAAGCGGAGGAAGCCGUGAACAUCUUGGCUUCUGAGGGGGAUGUAUCACCAGAAGUCACACAGUCCCUUUGCCUCAUCGCUUUGAAACAUCUAAAUCAUCAACAACUCGCGCGAGCCUGGAUGACUACUGGUACCGCUGCGCGACUCCAGGCCUUGCGAGUCUUCUCGUCUGACAACACUCCGGAUGACUCGGUAUCUCGAGCUCACUGGAGUGUCUUCAUGCUAGAACGGCUUUUUGUUCCUACAACGCCAGAAGCUUUGGGGCUCGGAGUUCCCGAAUUUCCGAUUAGCGCUUCAAAGCCCCUUACACCUCAAGUAACACUCUUAACUGCCAUACCAGAAUGCGCACAAGCACAACCCAGAACUAUACUCAGCAGUGACCCCGGCAUCAUUGGCGUUCACAUGCGUCUUGUGUCGAUCUGGGGAAAGCUUCGAUUUUACCUCCAUGGUCUACAGCGAGGUAUCACUGAAAAGCCAUGGUCACCAGACUCAACGCAUACAAAACUAAAUAUCGAGAUGAUAGAGCACGAGGCUCUAAUUGAUUCGAGCUAUUUUCUCUCCAAGGCUUCUUUGCCAAGCCGAACUAGAGCGGAGAUAUCUUCACAUCGCGAGUACUGGGACCCAUUCAUGGCUAGCCAAAUAAUCUGGCAUGCCAUCCACGCCGUAUUAAACCACCCGUUCGUCCACUUAUUCUUACUCAGAUCCUCCAGGGAUGUCCCCCCAUCGUGUCUGUUCCUUCAGCAGAGGAUCGAUAUGGCGCUAUUUCACACGGGAUCCUUAUUUCGAAUUCUUCAGUCGUUUAUGGAUCUGAUGGAUAUAGUCGAUCCGAUGGUUGCUGACUUUGUAGCUGCUGCUGCGACAGUGUCGUGGUUCUUUCAGUUCUCGGCGGAUCCCAAGAUCUCACGACGGGCUCGUGAAGAGCUGGAUAAGUGCGAUGCGUUUCUAAGCCAUGUCGCUGUAACUUGGCCUCAUAUCAACCAAAAGCUUGAGACGCUGAGGAAGCUAGAGGCGCUGGCCAACGAAAACCGUCGACAGCACUCAGAUGAAGGUACAAACAUUAAAUUCCAAUCAGCAUGGCUUUGGGAUCUGUUGAAUCCCAAGAUUCAGUCUACUCAGAGUUGCUUGUCACCCUCAGGGCCAGGGAAUGGUUGUGCCUCUGAGAGAAACCCGGAUUCUGAGAUGUAUCUCAAGAACCAUUUUGUUAUGCCUUUGCACGACGACCAGGACUCUACUCAGACAAGAGAGCCAAUGGAAUGCGGUCAAGAUGGCAUUGAUUCAUUGUUUACUAUACCCGGAGAUCUGGAUUUGUUCAAUAUAGAGUUGCUGUCACACGACUUUUUUGAAAAUGGACUAUGGGAUCAAAAGGUUCGCUGCUGGUGCAUCCUCGGAAUCAUGGAUUCUACAAGACACAAUGCUUACCGACCUGACCGACCUUCGCACUUGCCUGAUAUUGAGAGAUUUGCUAAGCUUAUUUCUUUUCAACCUGCUCGAUGGCUAAUGGCUAUGGCUAUGAACUCCAACCUCAUUGGGCGCGAGGAUAUCAGCAGGUCAGCAAAGGCUAGCCAAUUACCAGCGCUUAGCUAA